GUCACUCUAAGUACGAUAAGCCCCGCGAUAAUAAUUUACCCCACCAAAACUUUUUUAAUUCUAGGCCGAACCCUGAAGUAUCCAUUCUGCCAUUUACAAAGUACCUACCUACCUAGAACCACUCAUCCUCUACUUCUACUUGUGCUAAACCAAAACUGAGAGAUUUGCUUGCAUAUUACUUAUAAACAAAGACCCAGAAAGAGUCAAGAAACAAAAGAGAAAGAUAGCGAAAAUGCCCAAAGGCAAGUGGAUCGAUAAGAAGACGGCCCAGCACUUCACACUGGUUCAUCGUCCACAGAAUGACCCGCUGAUCCACGACGCUGAUGCGCCGUCUAUGGUGCUGAACCCUACACCUCUUCCUAAUGCUUCCAAGGUGAGGAAGCUCGAUGACCUUGCAUCUGAGCUGGGAUCUGACGCCGAACACAUCCGUGCCAACGAGGGUGAGGCCGCCAGCCAUGGCGUUUUCUUCGACGAUACCGAGUAUGACUAUAUGCAACAUCUACGCGACCUAGAUUCUGCCGGCGGUGGGGAGGUUGUCUUCAUCGAAGCAGACAAUGGACCUAAAAACAAGGGCAAGGGAAAACAGAAGCAGAGCUUGGAGGAUGCGCUGAGAAAACUGGACGUCGCGGAUGAGGAGCGCAAGCGCGAUGAUCUUUUCGGUGAUGAUUUCUUGCCAUCUAAGAAUCUGCAGCAUAUAACAUACCAGGCGCAACAAGAUAUCCCCGAUGCCAUCGGUGGGUUCCAGCCGGACAUGGACCCCCGACUGCGCGAGGUACUAGAGGCGCUUGAGGACGAGGCGUACGUUGAUGACGACGAAGAUAUUUUCGCACAGCUAGCAAAGGAUGGCCAGGAACUGGAAGACGUCGAAUUUGAUGCACACUUUGACGAAGACGAUGGUUGGGAAUCGGACGACACCGCCAAGCCGACUAAGGAGUAUAAAGACCGCUCCGAAGUGCCCAAUCUAGUUCCCACUGUAAAUGAUCAGGACGGAGAGGCGGUUAAGAAUGAGGACUGGCUAGAGGACUUCAAGAAGUUCAAAAAGGACCAAGGCAAGCCCGGCGCAAAGGUAUCCUUCGCAGUCGCACCAUCACAGUCAGAGGUGCAAUCCUCCCUCAUGACAACCACCACCAACGGCGGCCGACGGAAGAAGCGCAAGGGCGCGCUUACAAGUCAGUCGGGCUACUCGAUGACAUCGUCGUCGCUAUUCCGCACUGAACAACUUGGUAUCCUCGACGCUCGCUUCGACAAGAUCGAGGAGCAGUACAAUGAGGAUGAUUUCGAUGAAGAUGACGAAGAUGGCGGGGCCUCCAUGUCUCAGAUCUCGACGGCGUCUAGCGUGACGGGAUCUGUGCGGGGUGAUUUUGAUAACAUCCUAGAUGAUUUCCUGGGAGGCUACUCGAUGCGUGGAAAGAAGCAGAUAAAGAAGGGCAAGUGGAAGAGCGGCACUGCUGAACUCGACGAGAUCAGGCGUGAGUUAGGGCCGGCUAAGAUCCGUGGUAGAUACGGCCAGCCGCAAGCGUCCGGAUUAGCAUCGGCAUCGGCGUCGGCGUCGGCGUCUAGGUAGAGGGACAUGUUCAUAGAGAUACCCACGGAAAUCCACGGCAAUGGCAACUAGGUUGAAUAAAUUGACUUACGGGAAAUAAAAUAAAAACUGGCCUGAAUAAUGCAAU